AUGACAGCUGAUAGAUUCUUCACCACUUUCAAGAAGAAAGAAGGAAGUUUCACGGACAAGACAGAGGCAGUUUCUGUUCAUCCUGACGAUCCCAAAUCAAAAUCCUCUAUUCAGAUCUGGAAUUUCAUUGUAGAUGGAGCAGAUCAAGGAGAAGAGAACAAGUUAGUGUCUUUUUCAGCUCUUGAAGGAGAUGUGUUGAAGCUGUACAAGAUAAAACUUGACGUUGUUCCUAAAGAUGAUGGAGUUUGUAUUGCCAAGUGGACAUGGGAAUACAAGAAGCUAAACGACGACGUUCCUCCUCCUACCACGCGCGACCUGGAGACUAGGUUGUUGUCUGAAAUCUGA